AUGAGGGGGCGCAGGGGGAUAUUGGCCACUGGAAGCCAACCAGCAUCAGGGGCGGUGGAGGAGGAGGAAGAGGAGGAGGAAGAGGAGGAGGAAGAGGAGGAGGAAGAGGAGGAAGAGGAGGAGGAAGAGGAGGAGGAAGAGGAGGAAGAGGAGGAGGAGGAAGGAGAAGUGGAAGAAUUGGAGGACGACGAUGAGGAGGAGGAGGGGGAGGAGGAGGAGGAAGGGGGGGGUGGGCGCCUGUGGGUGGGCCUGUGGGGGCGCCUUCCUGUUGUGGAAAAGCUGUGGUAG